AGAGCCGAUCUUUGACUCCUCUGUGGGCGGACUGAGGGCGGCGUCAAACACAAGUUUGGUCCCGGUGGUUUCCCGUAGAUCACGGCCUGGGCGUCGGCAGUUCAUCAUCAGCUGCUGCGUAGGAAACAAACACUGACAGCUCGGAGGAGUCUCUUACAUAAACCAACACCUAAUAUAAUAUUUAUAUAUUAAAGAAAGAUGCAUUCAGUCACUGUGGACAGCGGUGGCUCGCCGAAGAAACGGACUUUGUCUCGGGGACUGAGCGAGGACGAGUCUCUGCGCAGCAUCAUCAAGGAGGUCGAGACUCCGUCCAGGCGUCUGACACGCAGUGACAGCCGGGCCGGCACCCUGAAGAAGAGGAGUGACAGUCAGCAAUCUGACCAGGACCUUUUUAUGGGACUCCCAGAAAUGCUGGAGCUGCAGGCCAGCUAUGACGAGGUGGUGCAGGAGCUGCGUGGGCUGGAGGUCGAGCGAGAGGCUCUGUUGUUCCAGGUGGACGUCUUGCAGGACACGCUGGAGGGUGUAGAGGAGCUGCUGGCUGAAGCCCAGAGGGAGGCUGGACAGUCGAGUUCGGAGCUGGAACGAGAGAGGGAGGCCAAGAGGAAACUAGAGAGCAUGGUUUCCUCCCUGAUGCAAGAGGUGGAGAGAUUAAAAGAGGAAAGAAAUAACGAACCUUCUGCUCCAGCAAACACACAUGGAAGUGUGGCGGAGGAAGCAAGACAAGGACACAAAGACUCGUCGCUGUGCGAAGGUAGAGCGUCGGAGAAAUUGGGACAGAGCGGAGAGGCAGAGGAGGAAGAAAGCGUCCUGACGAAGUUGAAGAAGAUGGUCAGUAAGCCGCUGAGCCACCUGCCCUCUCUUGCACUGGACAACCCGAUCUCUGAAGACGGGGUCCUGCGGAGGCCUUACGAAAACGGUGUCGAGGACGGGCGAGAUCCUUCUCCGGACAGGAACGACUCAGACAGCAUAAGUGCCUACGAGGACGCGUCAGCUGAGACUCCAGAACAGGACAGGAUGUUUCCGGGGGAAGAAGAGCUGCCUCACGAUUCAGAGAACAAAGAGAAAAGUUCAACUAACAACUGCCAGGUCAACGAAAGCAACGCCCCAAACCCAGACGGCUGUGUUGUGUCUUAACUAAUGUUAAAAAAAACAAAACAGGUCAAAGGUAAUUAUUGAUCGAAGAGCUCUUUUUGUUUACACACAUCUGAUAUUUAUGCUCUUAAAUAACUUUGGGGCAAACUAUAAGAUCCCGAGCUGAAAUUAAAGCUUCAACGAGCUGCCGAUUAAUCGAAUUGUUGAUCGAAGGAAAAUUAAUUUGUAACUUUCUGUCAUUUUUCAAGAGAAAAUGCCAAAAAAAAAGGAUUUGCUGCCUUUGUUUGUCACAGUAAUCAAAGAAAUAUCUUUGGGAUUUGAACCACUGGUACGACAAAACAUGAUUUUUCACUAUUAUUUGAGAAUUUCUGAUUAGGUAAUUGAAGAAUUAUUUGUUGUGAUACACUGUAGGAGAGUUUUUGUUUGAAAUACACAACAAAGAAACUCAGGAUCCAGGUGGUUUACUAGCUGGACUUCCACUAAUGACUACUUUAUAUUGAUUGCCAAUAAUUUCUUCUUUAUGUCUUAACGUGUGUUUUUUUUGGAUAGACAUGGAAAAUGCUCCAUGCUGCUUUUACCGUUUACCUCUUUCUUAAUCUUAUAUAAAAAAAAGGGGGGGGUAAGGGUUUGAACACUAACAGCUGCCGAGACACAAAUCAGGAUUUACCUGUGGACAAAACACAGCGAGCUAUUUGGACUCAAAUCAUAACGUACGCAUUAGAAAGUCACAAAUUUAGAGAGGAAGACCCUCAACACAGUUUGUUUGGUGUGACUGUAGGGCUCGCUGUAAAGAGAGACGUGUUUGACGUCGAUCUCUGGAGGCUAAGAUCACGUACAGAUACUCGAGGCUGUUGUUAGUGAGGUUAUGAGAGUUUUUAAGGGAAAAUGCCAUCUGUUUACUGCCUUUAUUAUUAUUAUUUUUUUAGCUUUCAUUAACAGCCCUCUUUCCUGUUUAAUUCUGAAUUAAAGGGAAAUCGAUUUAGCUGCAUUUGCACUUUCAGAAGUUCUUGUAUUGUGGCUUAAACAGUCAGAUUACAUUAGAAACAACAUUCCCUUUACAACCAAACACGUCAGCGAGAAAUAAUCAGCUGACCUGCUGCAGGCCGUGUUCCUUCUGCCUGCAUGCUAAUACUGUACGUUUGCACAUUCGCAGUGAAACUUGCUGAACUUAGUCUCUUCGGAUGUCUCUGAUUGCUGUACACACUUUGUAUUUAAUCAUACUUUUUUCUAUGUUUUGUGUUUUUUAAAAUUUCUCUUUUUAUGCUUGAGGCAAGAAUAGACCCUGUCACCUCAUACGACGAGAUAAACAGUUUUGCAUGAGCACAAGAAUGUAUACCGAUAUCCAAACGGCACAUGAAAUGAUCCGUUUAUAUUAGUACUUUUGCAUGCAGUACUUACACACAUAUAUUAAAUACUUUUAAAGUUAUUCACCGCGAAAAUUGGUGUUUUGAAGGGAUUUUUAAGUUUGUUUGCAAAUAAUCUGUAUAAGUUUUUAAGAUCUUUAGUAAAAAAUUCAGUUUCGAGGGAUCAUAUCAUGUGACACGAACAUUUUUUUAAAGUGGGAACUGAUUCUGUCAUACAAGAAAACAAAAGCGGAACAACAACAAUAAGUUUAUGGAAAUUUGAAAAUAGGUUUGUUACGUUUAUCUGCAUUUUUAUGUUUGUGUUGACUGAUUUGUCUUUUGCAUUACGUUUAUCACACAGACUUCACACGCCAAUACUUAAUUAAUAUUAUCUGUUAUUUUGUGGCUGCCACGAUGCACGAGCAAUCAAUUAACUGAUAAGGAGUUACCGCUACUGUAGUGCUGUUACUGUAGAACAAUCAGGUCAUUUGCAACCCCGCUGGUCACAUUUUUCUACACGAUUAUUCAUUGUUUUGUUUUAUUGUUGUCGUUGUCAACAAUAAUUUCUGUUAGUGCUGAUCAUUUUUUACACGUCCUUCAUUUUCAUAUAUUGCUGGCACUGUUUAUCACACAGAAGUGACUUUUCCACAAUUGUUUCUGUGUUUCAUCUUCACAUGACAAUGCAAAACAAAUAAAAAAAACGUUCUUACUGUACUUUGAUGCGUUUUAUGGGUCUAUAUAUUUUUGACUUGUCUUGAGCUUUGUAUUAAAUGUUCAGUAAAUUACAUGAAUUUAUACUUGUAUAGCUGAAAUUACAUUCCAGACAUAUCCCAAAAAAUAAAAGGAGUGAAUAAUGCUGAA